UUGCAAAUGAGCCAAUCAGGUCGGUCGUUAGUAAAUCCAAACAUCCGUUAGCUCUGCAGGGAGAAAUCCAGAUUCAUCUUAGAGUCCGUUUGUGUAUCACGGUAAAAAAUGUGCCGUCGCUGUUUAGUCUCCGUUGUAACGACUCCUUAUUGAGCCCAGACGGGAUCUUCAAGAAUGAAAACCCGGGAUUCAUCGCCGCCGCCACCGGUUCACCUCCACGUACUGGAGAGCACGCCUGUACACGUUCACAUGAGGAGGAGUCCCAGCAAAACGCCACAGGUUACCGCACUUUCCACCAAUAAUGGAAAUACCCCACAGGGUUCGCAGAGGUGGGAUAAAGGUGCCGAGGUGAAGGGUGAUGGAGGCAGGCCAAAGGUCCGGAAGCCGUGGAUCCCUCCAGGAAGACUGUCGCACAGAAGAGAUGUGGACUCCCACCAGUGUCAGACAAGCCGAGUGCAGCAUCAGUCAGAAAGUGGGAUCAGACAUCGGCGUGACGCAGAGGAGCAGCCGGAAGAGCUGGAUGCAGUGUCCAAGAACCUCAGCAGCCUACUUGGAGACCAAGAAAGCUUUCGCCGUUUAAAAAAGUCGGAUUCUUGGGGUCAACACAGAGAGACGGACGUGCUGCUGAGGGCACUCGUUGAAGCAGAAAUCGAUGGCGUAGCUGUAGCCAAUCAGCUGACAGCCUUGAAGGAAACCAUCGACAGCUUUGCAAAGGACAAGAAGCAAUCAAAACUGCGCGCAGCUUCUUUGAAACGGCAGCAGAAGCUGUUGUUGGAGAAGAUUGAGAUGUUUGAUAACACAAACCACGGCCUUCGACAGCUCCUCAGAGAGUGGAGCGACCGUGAGAGGGAAUCGCUGGUGUGGUCAGAGCAGAAAGACGCUCUGAAGAAGAGACUGGCCGACAGCGAAGCAGAGAACAUGCGCCUUGCGGCCAAACUCACCCACAAAGAGAAGGAGGCCUCUAAGCUUGCAGAGCAUUUGGACUUUGAAAAGGACAACGUGAAGACGACCGAGGAGCUUUCAAGAAUCCUGGAGUCAACCCGCAACCACCUGGAGUCUCAGCUGAGCCGAGCCGAGGCUGAAAAGGCCCAACUGGAAGCUCAGAUUAAGAGGAUGCAGCAGAGCCAAGAGCAGCAGCAGAAGGAGCUCCAGGUGCUGCAAGAGGAGCUGCGGGCUCUGACGGAGCAGCGGGAGGCCGAGAAGGGGAGACCUGACCAGAAAAGUCUGGCGAUGCUCAUCGAGCAGGCAGAGCGGGCCGAAGAGUCCGCCGGGCGGCUCGCAGAAAAGCUUCAGGAGAAGGAGUCGCAGCUGGCUCAGGCUCUGUCCACAUCCAGUGACUGGUGCCUCCGCCACUCCAAGGAGGCAGCUGCUAAAGAACAGCUGGAAGAGGAAAUCUCUGCUCUCAAAAUUCAGGUGACCGAGCUGCACUCUCAGCUUCAGUCAGUGGCGGAGAAGAGUCGGGUGGAGAAGGAGGAGCUCAGGGAUCAGCUGCAUCAUCUCAGCGCUGAAAACGCCUCCACCAAGCUGGACAACCAAAGACUGAAGGGUGAACUGACAUCUGCUGAGGAGAAACAACGAGGACUUCAGGCUGAAGCUCGUCAGCUGAAAGCAUCAAUCAGGAAGUAUGAAAGCCUGGUGGAGAAAUACAAGAAGAAGGUCCAGCAGGCUCGCCUGGAGUCAGAGGAGUACUGCCUGAAGCUGGAGGUGGUGCAGAAGGAAGCGCGGGAGGUGCAGGUGAGCCUGGACAGGGAGAAGGAGCAGGUGAGGCGAGAGCUGCUGGGGCGGCUCAGAGAGCUCGAGACCCUGCCGGACAGAUUGAGGAAGACCGAGCAGCAGCUCCGAGAUGCCCAGCAGGAGGCCGGCGCACACGAGAGGAGGAACAUGGAGAAUAACGCCGCCCUCUCUGAAGUCAGACACAAGGUGGAGCAGCAAGGCACUCAGUUGGAGAUGCUUCAGCAGAGGAACCUGCUGCUGCAGGAGGAAAACAACGUCCUGAAGGAGAAAGUUCACAAGUUAGAGAGGAGGCUGGAGGACUUGAAGGCAGAAAACAGGGAAAUGUCUCAGGCUGUCACCUCAAAGGAAGCCAGUGUCCGCAGCAUUCAGCAGCAGCUGGAGGAGAAGACUCACGAGUGCAGCGUCCUGUCCAGACAGCUGCAGCAAACUCUGGACGACGUACAGAAACAGGUGGACGACAGCAUGCAGAGGGUUUUGGCCAAAGAGAGAUCGUCUCAGUCUAAAGCGUUGGACCUGCAGAGCCAGCUGAGCCGAACCAAAACAGAGCUGAGCCAACUGCAGCGGAACAAGGAGGAGAUGCAGCGUCGCUUCCAGAGUCAGCUGCAGAACAUGAAGGAGAGGCUGGAGCAGUCCGACUCGACGAACCGCAGCCUGCAGAACUACGUCCAUUUCCUCAAAACCUCCUACGGAAAUGUGUUCAGUGACUCGUUGCUUGCAAGCUGACAGCAGUGAUGCUCCUGAAGCGUCGCACGGGACAUAAACCUCACUGUCUGAGAGGCUUCAGCCUUUCAUGCACAUCAAAUUAAUAAAGUGCUUUUCAAGUGAAAUGCUCACUUAUUAGUUGCCUAAGUAAUAACUGAGA